GCGAAGUUUAAAUCCGCGGCUGGGCCCGGCGUCGCCGGCGUGCUGCGGCAGAACGGCUGUUGGUCUGUGUUGGGUCCCGGUCCCCCGCUCCUGGGGGCUCUCCCGUCUUCUGCUUCUCCCGCUGAGCUGCGGCCUGGUGAAGAGGAAGCCAUGGCGCUCCGGGUCACCAGGAACACGAAAAUUAAUGCCGAAAAUAAGGCGAAGAUCACUAUAGCAGGCGCAAAGCGCGUGCCCGUGGCCACUACUGCAGCCUCCAAGGCCGGGCUGAGGCCGAGGACAGCCCUUGGAGACCUCGCUAACAAUGUCAGUGAACAGCCCCAGGCCAAGCUGCCUCUGAAAAAGGAGGCAAAAACAUUAGCUGCUGGAAAAGUUAUUGCUAAAAAACUACCGAAACCUAUGGAAAAGGCACUGGAGCCUGCAUCUGUGCCUGUGCCUGUGCCCGCGCCUGCGCCGGAACCAGCGCGGGAGCCCGAGCCUGAGCCUGUUAAAGAAGAAAAACUUUCGCCUGAGCCUAUUCUGGUUGAUACUCCCUCUCCAAGCCCAAUGGAAACAUCUGGCUGUGCCCCUGCAGAAGAAUAUCUGUGCCAGGCUUUCUCUGAUGUAAUGCUUGCAGUGAAUGAUGUGGAUGCAGAGGAUGGAGCUGAUCCAAACCUUUGUAGUGAAUAUGUGAAAGAUAUCUAUACUUAUCUGAGACAAGUUGAGGAAGAGCAAGCAGUCAGACCAAAAUACCUACUAGGUCGUGAAGUCACUGGAAAUAUGAGAGCCAUCCUAAUUGAUUGGCUGGUGCAGGUUCAGAUGAAAUUCAGGUUACUGCAGGAGACCAUGUACAUGACUGUUUCCAUUAUUGACCGAUUCAUGCAGAAUAAUUCUGUGCCCAAGAAGAUGCUGCAGCUGGUUGGUGUCACUGCCAUGUUUAUUGCGAGCAAAUAUGAAGAAAUGUACCCUCCAGAAAUCGGUGACUUUGCCUUUGUGACUGACAACACUUACACUAAGCUCCAAAUCAGACAGAUGGAAAUGAAGAUUCUGAGAGCUUUAAAUUUUUGCCUGGGUCGCCCUCUACCCCUGCACUUCCUUCGGAGAGCAUCUAAGAUCGGAGAGGUUGAUGUGGAGCAACAUACCUUGGCCAAGUACCUGAUGGAACUAACUAUGUUAGACUAUGAUAUGGUGCAUUUUCCUCCUUCUCAGAUUGCAGCUGGAGCUUUUUGCUUAGCACUGAAAAUUCUUGAUAAUGGUGAAUGGACACCAGUUCUACAGCAUUACCUGUCAUACACUGAAGAAUCACUUCUCCUUGUUAUGCAACACCUCGCUAAGAACAUAGUCAUGGUGAAUUGUGGGCUUACAAAGCACAUGACUAUCAAGAACAAGUAUGCCACGUCUAAGCAUGCUAAGAUCAGCACUCUAGCACAGCUAAAUUCUGCAUUAGUUAAAGAUUUAGCCAAGGCUGUGGCAAAGGUGUAACUUGUGAACUUGAGUUGGAGUACUGUAAUACCUGCAAAUACAAUUGGCACCAUGUGCUAUCUGUAUAUAUUAUAUGUUACAUUUACUUUUAAUAAAGCUGUGGUCCUUUUUACUUCUUAUACCUUAA